GUCCAGCCCCGUGUGCCCACCGCGCGUCGUGUGUGGACCAGAAACGAAGCGAAAUCCUUCUCGGCGCACCGAGUCCGCAGGCUUCGUCGCUUCGCUUCCCCCACAUCCGGUCCGGCCAUCAUCCUCGUCGACGUCCGCCAUGGCCACGGCCGUGCCCGCCGUCUCCCUCCCGCUCCCUCGCCGCGCAGCGUCCUCCUCUCCCUUGGCCGCCGCCCGCCGUCCCGGGUCCCCGUCGCUGCGCAGGCGGCAUUGCGCCGUCACGCCCGUCGCCGCAGCCUGCAGCGCUGCGCCGCCGCGGCAGCUCGACAACGAGGAGGAAGGCUCCGGGCGGCGGCAGGUGCUUGUGGCCGGUGCCGCCGCGGCCGCCGCGUUUGUUUCCCGGCCCAAUCCGGCGGCAUUCGCAGCAGAGUCUAAGAAAGGGUUCCUGCCUGUCGUCGACAAGAAGGCUGGUUACUCCUUCCUCUACCCGUUCGGGUGGCAGGAAGUGGCCGUGCAAGGGCAAGAUAAGGUGUACAAAGAUGUGAUAGAACCUCUGGAGAGUGUGAGCAUCAACUCUAUUCCCACUAGCAAGGAGGACAUCCGUGACCUUGGUCCUCCGGAUAAGGUUGCUGAGACCUUGAUAAAGAAGGUUUUAGCACCAGCAACGCAGAAGACGAAGUUAAUCGAGGCAAAAGAGAAUGAUGUUGAUGGGAGAGCAUACUAUACUUUUGAGUUCACAGCUCAGGCUCCGAACUACACCAGACAUGCACUUGGUGCUAUUGUAAUUGCAAAUGGCAAAUUUUACACAUUGACUACUGGAGCAAACGAGAGAAGAUGGGAAAAGAUGAAGGAUAGGCUGCACACAGUUGUCGAUUCCUUCAAAAUUGAAAAUAGGAUAUGAGGAAUGUCUGGGUUCUUGUGCUGAUUUUUCUUUGUUGUUUUGUUCUCUUCUGGAGCUGCAAUGGUGAGAUCUAAAUAGUAAAUGUCGGGAAUAUGAAUUGCACUGAUCAGUUUUUAUUUUUGAAUGUUUUGUUCUUGAAACACUUGUUUGUACUUGGCAUGUAUAUGUUUUCACUGUCUGUACUGUGAUCAUUGGAAUAAGGUGAUCCAUACAGUUGUGUAAAUGUAUCGAAAAUAAGCAAUAGAAUUCACCCAUGGGAGAUUACAUCA